AUGGGCAAACGACCACAAAUUCAGGAGCCGGUCAUCCGUCGUGCUGGGCUCGUGCUCAGCCGCGCCAAUCCAGAGGGACGGCGGGAGACGCACGUACUUGCCGACAAGCUCAUCCCGGCCUUGGACGACUCGGGGCAAUCUGCCGCGAGGUUGGGCAAGCGACGGCGCAUCUUUGCCUGCUUCUGGGCGGGCUUCGCGUGGGAAAAUGCUGGAGAAGGUCGGGGAAGUCGGGGUAAUGAGUCGUCGCGGUGGAGCGGUCGAUACAUAGCGCCACGCCGUUGCUUGGCCGUGACUGGCCCGGGUAUCAUCGAAACAUGGCCGCCUUUCUUUCUCCAAGGCCUCAUGCUCCAAAGCUAA